AGGUUAUAAGGAGGGGAGGGAAGCCUCAGGGCAGUGAGCAGAACAGCCCCACUGGUGAGUCAGUGGGCAGGGGCUCCCUGUCUCUAGCUGCACAUGGGGAACAUCAUCAGGGCCCUCAUGGCCUUAAUCCCUGCUGACCGCUGCCAGAACUACGUGGUCAGAAACCUCCAGGAGAUGCCACCGGACAGGACGGUGGAUGUGAGUGGGAGCCGGCUGCGCCGUCUCCCUGGGCAUGUAUGCGCAUUUACAGAGCUCGUCAAGCUCUACCUGAGUGACAACCAUCUCAGCAGCCUGCCUCCAGAACUGGAGCAGCUGCAGAACCUGCAGAUCCUGGCUUUAGAUUUCAACAACUUCAAGGCUCUGCCCCAGGUAGUGUGUACGCUGAAACAGCUCUGCAUCCUCUACCUGGGCAACAACAAACUCUGCGACCUCCCCAAUGAGCUGAGCCUGCUCCAGAACCUCCGGACCCUGUGGAUUGAAGCCAACUGCCUCACCCAGCUGCCAGAUGUGGUGUGUGAGCUGAGUCUCCUUAAGACUUUGCACGCAGGCUCCAAUGCCCUGCGUCUGCUGCCAGGCCAGCUCCAGUGUCUCCGUGAGCUUCGGACCAUUUGGCUCUCGGGCAACCUGCUGACUGACUUCCCCACUGUGCUGCUUCACAUGCCCUUCCUAGAGGUCAUUGAUGUGGACCGGAACCGCAUCCGUUACUUCCCCAGCCUGGCCCACUUGUCAAGUCUGAAGGUGGUCAUCUAUGAUCACAAUCCUUGUAGGAAUGCACCCAAAGUGGGCAAAGGUGUGCGACGUGUGGGAAGAUGGGCAGAGGACACGCCUGAGCCUGACCCCAGAAAAGCCAGGCGCUAUGCAUUGGCGAUGGAAGAAAAUCAGGAGCAGCAGGCACCUGUCCCACCUCCUGUCCUCCCUCCUUCCAGCUCCUAAGAGCUGUAGUUGUAGGUCAGGCCCAAGGACCCUCUCCUGCAUGCUCUGAAGACCUCUCAUUCGACGGGAAGGGAUUCUUCUGUGGCAUUGGAAGGGGCUAUUGGAGAACCAACUGAAAAGCCAUAAAGGAACACUGAGAAAACAAACGUCCAACAGCAUGUCUUUCAAAGGGAACUUGUGCCUUGUCAGUAUCUGAGCUACUCAGAGUGAGCAUAACUACUUCGCAGGAAAAUGGUUUCUCCCAGGAAGUAUCUUGAAACACUGAAGGAUGAGAGGGGCCGGGAGGGACACUGACCUCCUCCUUUCUGCAGCAGUCGCUGGUCAUGAAAGUCGUGAACUCUUUAAAUAAGGUACUUGUUAAAGAACCCA